AUGGGCCGAGAUCCCGAGUCUGUGCAACGACAAAAGACGCCACAGACCCAAGAGACCAUUGCAGCCCAGAGUCUGGAGACAAGAGGAUCCUCGCACAGCUGCCUCCGGGAACGCCUGCAACGGAUGCUAGUUGACAGUUGGCGGUGUUUGGCGAGCCUGGGAGCCUCCUUGGCCAUCGGUGUGAAUAUGGAGUACCUGCCCAACAUCCUCUGCGGGUGUGACGCGAAUAAUUCGAGGUCUGGCGUACGAGAACGCAAAAUGUUGACUUGUGCUCAACGUAACGUCGCUCGCCUCGUUGAAAGAGUCUUGACGCACCGAUUCCUCGGAAAAGCGAUAACCCCAAAGAGGACAAACCCUCGAAAAUGGGCGAUAUUCUGGGUUUCUCAGACCAAGGAGAUGGUGUGUCCCCGAGUCCCUCUGGGGACUGCGCAGAUGCGGCGCAAUCCGGAAAGCCAUCGCCAAUCCAAGUCACAAACAUUUCUUUCCCAUUCGUGAUGUCACCUUUUUCGAUGGAUCCGUUGCUCGGUGGGCCAGUGCUCUCCUCGCGAUCUGACAGCCGCUCCGGUUCGAUCAAUGGCGAUCAUCCAUAAAACCACGGACAGACUCGCUGAGUAGAUUUCCACUCUCUUUAAUGCACAUCUCCGGAAUGCAGCCCAUUUUAUUAGCUGUCUUUGUGGAUACAUACGCGAUGAUGCGCCCAGGAAUUCAAAUCGCUGAGCAGAACAGAGUAUUUACUCAGAGCUCUCCAUACUAAUGUAUCGACGAAGCCUGCUUCGGGAAUCCAGGCUCAUCGACGGUGGAGGUGAUUAGCUUCUAUUACUCCGUACAGCAGCUUCAGAUAUUUGAAAGAGGCCUCCGAAACUAAGGAAAACAUUGUGUGACAUAAGUUAUUCUCGUCUUAAUCGUUUCUCCCGCAGGAGAUCGGGCACAUCAGGAAGUGCCGGGCAUGAUUCCUGCGCUU